AUGGAGAAGACCGAUCCCAAUAUCGCCGUCACCAGCGGCGCCGAGGUCGAUGAGACCGCGCCCAGUGAUAUGAUUACCAAGUUGCGCCAUAUGAAGGAGCAUCAUCACUGGGACCCCAACUUGCCCAACGAUGUCGAAGACGAACUUGACGAGGCCCUGCACACUUCCGACAAGGGGGCCCAGGUCGGUCUCGCCCACGAGCUGCUGGACAACUCCAUCUACCCCGAAGUGCGCGCUGCCGUCGCCAACGUCGAUGAAGGAGGUCACAGCAAUACCAUUCGUGCUUGGGUCAUCGGUAUGCUCUUUGCGACGAUCGGUUCCGCUCUGAACAUGCUGUUCUCCAUGCGUCAGCCCUACAUUGUCAUUCCCUCGUACAUCGCCCAGGUCGUCGCCUAUCCCGUUGGUAAGGCCUGGGAAAAGUUCAUGCCAGCCAAGAAGUUCAAGUUCUUCGGUAUUGAGUGCAACCUUAACCCCGGAGUCUUCAGCAAGAAGGAACACGCGCUAGUGGUUAUCAUGGCGAACGCCACAUUUGGUGGUGGCGCCGCUUAUGCCACCGAUGUCCUGUUGGCUCAGCGUGCGUUCUAUGGACAGAAGUUUGGCUGGGCUUUCGAGAUCUUCAUGUGUAUCUCGACCCAGAUGCUGGGUUUCGGUUUGGCCGGCUUCUUCACCAAAUAUCUGGUCCAGCCCGCUGCCAUGAUUUGGCCUUCUACCCUUAUCAACACCGCCCUCUUCUCGGCACUCCAUGACCGAACCAAGCCUGAUCCCGCCAAGGUUAGCGGCUGGAAGAUUGGUCGUUACCGUCUGUUCCUGUAUACCAUGAUCGGCUCAUUCUGCUGGUACUGGUUCCCCGGAUACAUUGCUCCCUUCCUGAGCGUGUUCGCCUGGGUGACCUGGAUCAAGCCCCAGAAUGUCAUUGUCAACCAGCUGUUCGGUGGUUGGACCGGUCUGUCUCUGAUCCCCAUGACCUUUGACUGGACUCAGAUCUCCGGCUUCAACUUCAGUCCCCUAAUUGCUCCCUGGUACGCCAUGGCCAACACUCUGAUCGGCAUGGUUCUCUGGUUCUGGAUCGUGACCCCUGCCAUCCAUUACUCUGGCUUGUUCUAUUUCAAGUACCUGCCUAUCAGCGACUCGGGCAGCUACGACAACACCGGAGGAAGCUAUAACGUCUCCAAGAUUCUCACCCCCCAGUUCACCUUUGACGCCGAGAAGUACAAGAACUACUCUCCUCUCUUCUUGUCCACCACCUUCACUCUCAGCUACGGUCUGUCCUUCGCUGGUAUCAUUGCCGUUAUUCUCCACACUAUCCUCUUCCACGGCUCCGAUCUCUGGGCUCGUUUCCGCUCCGUCGGCGCCGUUGACGACGAGGAUGUGCAUAGCCGCCUCAUGUCUCGUUUCAAGCCCGUUCCUAUCUGGUGGUACGGUGUUGUCACCCUAAUCAUGAUCGGCAUUGCUCUGGGUGUGACUCAGGGUUUCCCUACCCAUCUGAGCUGGUGGGCUUUCUUCAUUUCCCUGAUUAUUGCCGUUUUUUGGUUCGUGCCUCUUGGAAUUGUCAAGGCCUCGACCAACAUCGAUAUCGGUCUCAAUGUCUUGACUGAGUUCAUCAUCGGUUACAUGCAGCCUGGUCGCCCAAUGGCCAUGAUGCUGUUCAAGACCUAUGGAUACAUGAGCAUGUACCAGGGAAUGUACUUCACUCAGGAUUUGAAGCUCGGCCACUACAUGAAGAUUCCUCCUCGUGUCACCUUCGCCGCCCAGAUGGUCGCCGGUGUCUGGUCCUCUCUCGUACAAAUUGCUGUGAUGAACUGGGCUCUGGGCGCCAUCAAGGAUGUCUGCUCCCAGCACCAGGUCAACCACUACAGCUGCCCCAACGGCCGUGUCUUCUUCAACGCCUCCGUCAUCUGGGGUGUGAUCGGUCCCGCCCGAAUCUUCUCCAUCGGCCAGCUCUACUCUCCCCUCAUGUUCUUCUGGAUUGCCGGUGCCGUCCUCCCCGUGCUCAUCUACUUCGGUGCGCGCGCUCUCCCCCGCUCGCCCAUCCGCUACCUCUCCGCACCCCUGAUCUUCAGCGGAGCGGGUCUCAUUCCCCCCGCGACCCCUCUGAACUACCUCAGCUGGGGUAUCGUCGGAUUCGUCUUCAACAAGUUCAUCCGUGACCGCUUCCGCGGCUGGUGGAUGCAAUACAACUACGUUCUGUCAGCUGGUCUGGACGUCGGCCUCGCGCUAGGCACUAUCCUCAUCUUCCUCACCCUCAACCUCACCAGCACCGACUUCCCUGCCUGGUGGGGAACCGAUAUCGCCGCCAACACCAUGGAUGCGGCCGACACCGCCAUCCAAGUCGUCCUGCCCGAGGGCCAGACCUUCGGUCCCAAGACCUGGUCAUAA